AGUUAGCAAUUGAGGAAAUUUCGUAGGAAUCUCGGUAGUCAGCAAUUAAAGAGUCAUCAAAAAUUCUAAAAGAAAUAAAUAAAAGUUUCUAAAUGGAUAAACAUCCGCCAGAUUUAUAUAUUUUCAAAAAUUAAACACACCAGUAAUUAAAGUUAAAAAAUAUCAAUUGUUGCUUAAAAAAAUUUAAAAAAUGUCACAGAGCAACAUUGUCCCUGUAAAACUUCUCAAAAUUGGUACUUAUGAAAAAGAAGAUAUAGAAAUUUGGUGUACAUCGAACAGCAUUACAUUUCCGAUCACUGAAAAGAUCAAUGUAGAAAUAAGAAAACAAGAAGUAUCGAGUCUAAAGCUUGAUCAAGAAUGUAAUAAAACUUUCAAACUGUAUUUGCGUCCAUCAAAAAUCAAGGAAAUCUCUGAAUGCUUACCUGAAGGUUACACUUUUUCCAUACCAAAACAAAUAGGAUUUUUCAUAGAACUAAAAGCAGAUGAAACAGAGGAUCAAAAUAAAAUCUACAUCGAUAAUAUAUUUAAUUCGUUGGAAAAGAAUUCCCAAGCCUUGGAUUCUUUACAAGAUAUUAAUAAAAGUAUUGUUGACGAUGAUUCUUCUGAUGAAUAUCUUCCUCCACAUCAUAAGAAAUCAAAAAGUCCAAGACACAAUAAAGUGAAGAAUAAAAUGCUCAAUCAGAAUGAAAUUGAAUCAAUUCGUUCAUUGCGCUCAGAACGCAGAAGAAAAAAUGUUAAAAAUUCAUCAAACAAAUUUUCAAUGGACGAUUUUUAUGAGGGAGAUGAUAUUCCACAACAACUUCUUUCUGAUAAUGAACAAAUGCUAGAUGUUUGUGAUGAUAAGACUGAUCAUAAGGCUGCUAUGUCAAUUCUUGAUUUUUAUGAUGAUGCUAGAGAAUUGCUUAAUUAUAGAAAUACUUUGAUAUCAAUGGAAGAUUACAAAUCACUUCAAUAUAGUGGCUUACUGACAAAUGGUGUGAUUGACUUUUAUCUGCAAUAUGUUUAUCACGAACUUUUGUCAGAGGAAAUGCAAGCAAAAAUCCACAUCUGUAGUGUCGAUUUUUACUCAUCAUACGCAAUAGAUCCGAACUUUUCAGGGUGGAAGAGCGAUGGAAGUAAAGCUGUUGAUAAACGCUAUAAUUUUGUCAAAGACAUUCCAUCGAAUCAAUUUCUAAAUUUUUUUGAAAAAGAUUUCAUCGUUUUUCCAUGUAAUGUGAGGGAACAUUGGCUACUGGCGAUUGUUUGCUAUCCGAAAUUAAAUGGUGUUUUAAGAAUCGAAGACGGCGUUCGUGUAAGCCUGGAAGAAGCAAAACGUAACAUUAAAGAUCCGUCAGCUGGAAAACCAGUAAAGCAGUCUUGCAUUUUGAUCUUUGAUUCAGUGAAAAAAAGUGCCAGAUCAACUGUUGUUAUCCAACACCUUCGGAACUUUUUUGUCUCGGAAUAUAAAGCUAAAUAUGGUCGUUUGUUUGAGUUUUCUGCAGUUAAUCUGUUUGGAGCUAGCUUGAAAGUUCCUUACCAAGAUAAUGCAACAGAUUGCGGCCUUUUCCUUUUGGAAUUCUUUGAACAUUUUUUCAUUAAAUCACCAAUUGAAGAUUAUCGUUUACCUCUUCAGUUAGAUAAUUGGUUUGAUUCCGACAUCAUAUUAGACAAACGGGAACAAAUAGCGACUGUGAUCAAAAGUUUGAUGGUGACACUUCAUCCAGGUCAGGAUAUUCUUUCGGAACUUCCUCCUCUGAAAUUUCACGCUGAUACAAUGGAUAUAGAAACAAUAAAUUUAGAGGAAGAUAAGAACCUCGUCAGCAAUAAUAAUGAAGAAACAUUCAAUAAUAAUAACGACUUUAAUGUUAUUGAUAAACAUAAAAGUGAAGAAAGCGAUACGCUGCUGACAGUUGAAGAUGCAAAUGCACAGGAAUAAUUUCACAAAUUUUUUCUUCAUUGAUUGAGAACCUAAGGAUUUAACAAUAUUUUCCUUAAUUAUUAGAGCUUUUUUUCUUAAAUUCAUUUCAAGUUUUUCUAUUCUGUUUAUUAAAUAUAAAUUCUAAAGAGAUUGUUCUAUUGGAAAAUAAAACAAUUGAAGAAAAGUAUAAAAUAUGU